AUGCCAUGGGGUCUCGGGGGCAACUGCCGAGCUGAGGUUCACGAAGCGCCGCUGGGUCCACUCAGCGUCGGACAAGCACAGGUUAAUGCAUCUCUACCGGAUUGGCGAUGCUUGGGCCAAACACAGGCCCGAGCCACGCCACGCACCUCUCUGCUGGAGGAGCCGGGUUUCACCCACAGAUCCCCGGGGACAACCAUGAGACAGCCGGCCAUCUGGUCCGAUUUCCUCGAGCGUCCCAUUGGUCCGCGGCGGAGCCGGCUGCCCACUGCGCUGGAGCAGGGUUGGAUCGAAUGGGCGAAGUCCAACCCUUUGAUGCUUCUGGGUCUCGUGACCCCGGUCUUUUCAAUCGUCGGGGCGGCCCUUACUGGAGUGGCUGGGAUGUUCGCGGCCAGCGCUGUGACUUCCGAGGCAGCCCCCGCUGAGGAGGCGGCUGGCGAUGACGGCGGAGACAUGUUCGGAGACUGGGGCGGCGACGAUGACGGCGGAGGCAUGUUCGACUUCGGCGAUUGGGGUGGCGACGACGACUAG